AUGGGGCACAGGAGGCACCAGUUCCAAGCCCUGCUGUGGAAAAACUGGCUCUGCAGACUCCGGCACCCGGUCCUUUCCCUCGCAGAAUUCUUCUGGCCUUGUAUCCUGUUCAUGAUUCUGACAGUACUUCGUUUCCAAGAACCUCCCAGACAUAYAGACAGUUGUUACUUGCAACCCCGUGAUCUGCCCAGUCGGGGUGUUAUGCCCUUUGUCCAAGGACUUCUUUGUAACACGGGGUCAAAGUGCAGGAACUCCAGCUUUGAAGAGCCCAUGGAUCACAAUUUUCGUUUUUCCAGGUUUCAAACUGUAGCUGACCACAGGAAGGUGAAUGGCUUGGCCUUUUUAAAAGAAAUGCAGGACCUGGCCGAGGACAUUUGUGAAACGGUGGACAAAGCAAAAAACUUACAGAAACUUUGGAAAGAAAGAUCAAAGACACCAGGUCCUUCUUAUGGAUCCAGUUUUUUAACAAUGGACCUCAAUAAAACAGAGGAGGUGAUUUCAAAACUGGAAAGCCUCCACCAGCAGCCUCAUCUCUGGGAUUUUUUACUUUCAUUGCCAAGACUCCGUGAAAACCACGUUCAUGUGGAAGACAUCCUGCCUGUCAUGGUCCACUUUCUCCAGGCAGUUUUGAAUUCCUUAACAUCUCUGGAAGAUUUAGACUGGCUACCACUCAACCAGACUUUCUCCCAGGUUUCUGAACUUGUACUGAAUGUGACCAUCUSGACGCUGACAUUUCUGCAGCAAAAUGGAGUAUCAUUCACUGAGUCAGUUUAUCAACUGUCCCUGCAGAAUAUGGUGUGGGAUCCACAGAAAGUCCAGUCUGAUCUCAAAUCCAAGUUUGGUUUUGAUGAUCUUCAAAUGGAACAAAUCCUGAAUUAUUCAGCUGAGCUAGAGGAGAUUCCCACAGACAGCUCCUUAGAGAGGAUGGUGUGUUCAGUCUUGUCCAGCAUAUCCAAGRACGAAGCGGAGAGAGAUGGCCGUGGUGGAGACUGUCCUCCCGAGUGGUCAGACGCCAAGAACUAUCUCAUCCACUCGRUCAGCUGGCUGCGACUGUAUGGGCAGGUGUUUCACCAGUGGCAACAGGGUGGCCUGCUUCAGAAGAUACUCACAGGUGCUGGCCAUAGUCUGGGGGCCCUCAGGAACCAGCUCSAAGAAGGGGAUGAGCCAUGGAAAGUGGUGGAAGCCUUGCACACUGGACUGCUCAUCCUGAGUGACAGCUUGGCAUCCAAGGGGCCUGAAGACAGUCUUCACUCUUCACAGAUAUCACAGAGUCUGCAAAAAUUGCAGAGUGUGCUGCAAARCCUGCCCCAGUGGCCAGACCUAAAGAGAUUGCUGCAGCUGGGUGGUGCUCUCAGGAAUGCAAUAGCCCAGGAUUUGCAUUUCAUCCAAGCAAUCCUCWUUCACCUGGAGACUUCAGCGAACAAUUCUAUGCAGGGCAGACCUGAUCGAUGGAAACUAGAAAAGGAUGUGUUCUUUGAAGGGUUAAAGCAGAUGUUGACGAAGAAUGCUACUGCUCCCUGCCUAAAUGAACGCUUGUCUGAGAAGGAGGUCCCUCUGCCCCCUGGGAUCUGGAGGGACUCCUGGGGACUGUUGUGCAAUCAUACCUCCUUCAACGAGACCAGUGUUUUCAACAGGCUAAUUGGUACAGUAAAGGAUGUUGACCAUAUUUUGCAAGAGGUCAUUACUGGGCACACAGACAUGCCAGUUUCGGUACCRGAAGAGUAUUUGGGCUGGCAGGAACUGGAGACACAGCUGUCAGAAGCGAGCCUUUCCUGUUCUCGGCUCUUCCAGCUGAAGGGUGCUGUUGCCUCACCUGGGACCYAUGUCUCCUCUGGUGGCUGUGAGCACCAGCUUGUCUCCACCCUGAUGUUUCAUAUGCUUGAAAAAGUCCAACCGUCCCUGGAACAGAUAUCCUAUGGGAAGGCCUUCCUAGGGCUUCUCAGGAAGGCUUGUGAAGUGACUCGAUGUGUGAACAUGCAAGGAAGUUUCCAGAACAGUCUUCUGGCUUUCUCUGAGAAAUCUCCCUGUUAYGCAGAAAACAUGGAUUGGAAAAUCAUCAGUGAUAAUUAUUUUGCAUUUUUGAAUGAMUUAUUGACUUCUCCAAAAACUUCCAUAUCCAGGGCCUUAAACUGCACAAAGCACCUUCUGGUGAUAGAAAAGAAGUUUCAUGCCUCUGAGGAUGAACAGAUGAACUUUCUUUUAUCAUUUGUGGAAUUUUGGGAGAAAUUAUUACUACCUAAUCCUUUCAACUCCUUCAGGGUUCCCAAAUUCCACAACUCAUCUCUCAAUAAGGAAGAUCUAAAUAGAAGUGUUUUGUGGAAUUUAGAGACAGACCCACCUGCUUUUGAAGCUCAGGAGCUUUUAGAAUUUGGGAAAGAGGUGAUUGAAAAACUGCAAACUGGUGGAAGUCACUGGAUGAAGAACCAACCUGAAAAUAUUUUGAGAUUCAUGGAAUUAAUACUGCUUGAAAUUAACCCCAAACUUCUAGAAUUAUGGCUGCGUGACAUUUCUAAAGGAGAAAAGGCUAAACUGGAAAAUUUUUCUUCACGUUUAAAUUUUUCUGUUCCAGAAAAUGAGAAAAUUUUUAGUAAAAGCAUAAACUUUUCCCAUUUAUCCCAUUCAAAUUGGUCAGAAUCACCAGCAGUAAACAUAGAUUUUGUACAUUUAAGUGAAACUGUGAUGAAUUGUCUCUAUGAGUUUGGAUUACUUAGGCAGGAACAAGUCUCAGAAGCUCUGGACACAGUCUAUGUUGUAAAGAAUGCAUCUGAUAUUUUCUCAGCCCUCUCUGAWCCUCAAAAACAAGAAGUUGAUAACAUUUUGACACACAUAUACCUAAAUGUCUUCAAAGACAAGGAUUCAGCUUCACUUCUGCAAAUUUAUUCUUCCUUCUACCAAUAUAUUUAUAAAUUCUUGAGCCUACGGAGUAGAGAUUCUCUGCUAAUGUACCUUACCCAAAUCUCAAGACAUAUUUUGAACAUCAUAAAGCAAUUUAAUUUCCAAAACAUCAGCAGAGCAUUUGAAUUUUUAUCUGAGACUGCAGAGAUUCUUGGRGGAAUUUCUGAAGUAUCUUAUUGUCAGCAGUUGUUUUCAGUUUUUAACUUUUUGGAGCUUCAAGCUCAAUCCCUGAUGUCUACAGAGGGCCAAGAAUUGGAAGUGAUCCAUGCUACCUUGACAGGCCUCAAACAGCUGCUCAUAGCAGAUGAAGGUUUUCGCAUGUCUUUAUUUCAAUAUGUCAGUCAGCUCUUCAAUGGUUCAGUAGAAGCCCUGUUGGGUGGUGAAUGUUUUGUUUUGGAUAACGAAACCAUUUCCUCUAUGAAUUAUUUAACAGAUAAGGGAUCUUCAUUUAGUCUUCCAUGGUCACAAAUUUUUUCAGACCUCUCAGCAAAUGUCAGUGUGUUGAAUGAGUUUCUGGCCGUUCACUGUACCAUUUCAUGGCUUCAAAUGUGGACUGAAAYCUGGGGAAGCAUAUCUCAAAUACUUAAGUUUGACCUGAAUAUCUUCACUUCUCUUCAUGUAGGGCUCACUCAGCUUUUGGAUGAAUUGGAAAAUGAUAUGAAAAUUUCUGAAAGCUGCCAGGGAGUCUUUCCCACCCACCAUGCAGCUAGACUCAUAAUAAAUUUGUUUAAAAGUGUGACUCAAGCUGAUAAUUUUCAGGAUUGGCAUGACUUGCUGGAUCUCAGGGAUCUCUGGGUAGCAUUAGGUGAUGCAUUAGUUGCAGUAAAAUCACUUACCUUGGACCAAGUAGAGAAAACCCUUUUCACCAUGGAAACUACUCUGCACCAGCUAGAGACACUUCCAUUGAACACAAACACAAGCAGAGAGUUUUUAUAUUCUCUGCUGGAGGUUUUCAUUGAGUUAAGCCAGACCUCAGAAUAUGUGGGUAGUAACGUAGACCUGAUAAGUCAUUUUCUUUUAAAUAAUCUCACAGAUCACGGAAAUAACAAAUUUCAAAGUGUCAUCACUGAGCUAAGAGAAACAAUAUUAUUUCUUAGAAAUGUGUCCCAUGAUCAAGAUUUAUUGUCCUGUGCUGAUGUUUUCCAAAAUGUAACUGAGUUGAUUUUAGAAGAAGGCUUAUUUCAUGUAAAUAGCUCUCAGCGGAUGGUACGUAUUCUGGACAUGUUAAAUUGCACAUUCUCCUCUGAGAACACAGUUAGCAAACUGAGAGGAUGCAUGGCAUGGAUAGAUGCCAUCAACCGUUUGUAUGUAAUGUAUAAUUCAAGUUUUUCACAAGGUUAUCUUCACAGUAUUUUGGGGMGUUUCAAAGAUAUGGACAACAAAAUGAACUCUACAUUGAAAAUGGUAACUUGGCUGWUACAUAUAAAGAAACCGCUUUGUUCCUUGGGUGAGUCCAACAUAAGCUGUGUAAAUAUUUACUUGAAAGACAUAACUGACUUUCUAAAUAUUGUACUUAAUACAGUCUUUGAAAAUGGGAAGGUACCAAAAUUUGAGAUUUUAUUAGCUCUUUUGAAUGAUUCCACAAACCAAGUAAGGAUGAUUAUAAACAACUUAACAAGAGACUUUGAUUUUGUUUCCCAAUCCAACUGGAAGUAUUUUAAUGAAUUAGUUUUAAGACCCACAGAAAUGUCACAGGAAAUUCCUAACCAGUUUCAAAAUCUUUGGCUGCAUUUCAUAGCACUAGGGAAGGAAAUUCAGAAACUUGUAAAAGAUAUUUUCUCUAAUAUCCUGGAAAAUAAUUCCUCUUCUGAAACUGAAAAAUAUUUUAACAUAUUUGCUACCAGUCCAAAGGAAAAUGAUAUAAAGAGUUUAGGCAAUUCAAUUUAUCAUUUAGCUAGUUACCUUGCCUUCUUCAACUUAUCUCAUGAUCUUCAAAACCCACCAGAAACAAUUUCACAUGAACUAAUGAGAGUUGUGGAUCUUGUUAUUCAGUUGAUGAAGAAUGUGUUCAAUUCCUUAGUGCCCACUGUUUCUCACAAUAUCCCACAAAAUUCAGGUCGUGCUCAAGUUUUAAAGAAGGUGGCUUCUCUCAUGCAUACUCUCAAGAAGGCAGACAUAGACCUUUUAGUAGAUCASCUUGAACACAUUAGUGAAAGCCUUGGGGAUUUCUUCAAGAAUCUCAGUAGAUUAGAUACCAGCAAUUCAGGGGUCAACUUGCUUUUUGGCUUGAUGCAGAAAUUUGCAGACAGCUCCCAUGCUUGGAAUGUCAAUCAUCUGCUCAAGCUCUCUCGCCUGUUUCCCAAGGAUGAUGUGAACACAGUGGUGGACCUGUAUUAUGCUCUUCCUCAUGUUGUGAGUCUCCUGCAGAGAGUGRCUGACAAAAACAUCACAGAGGCCCUCAAGGAUGUCUAUAACUUCACACUCCUUCACGGCAUAAGCAUUUCAAACAUCACCAAGAAGGACUUUGCUGGUGCGAUAAAAGCUCUUCUGCAUACAAUCACAGUAAUAUCAGACCAACCAGCCAUUGUCUCAGAGGYUUUAAACUGCCUUCCUGUGGUUUGGUGCUGGAAUCAUACAACUUCUGGAUUUCAGCAGAAUCCAAAAUUGGAAGCCUGUGAAGUCCAUGGGAUUAUGUCUUCUUCUUCCUUUUAUCACCAAGUGGCCACAAUACUUGACCAUCUCCACCUGUCUCCCCCACGUGAAGAUUCACAAUGUUCAAAUGAAARUUCACGAAUGGAAAUGAGUAGGAAAAUGAUUUGUGUGAUUCAUGAAUUAGCAGACUGGAAUUCCAUCCUUAUAGCACUGUCCGAAGUCUUUCAUGCUAAAACCUCUCUCAUGAAAACUGUGCAAGAAUUUUGGCAUAAGGUGUUACCCUUUGUCUCACUUUCUGGAAAUCAAAGUAAUGACAGCAUUGCUGGACAUUGUCCUGGUGGUCCCAUAAAGCAAGUUGCUUUGCAAAUCAUAGAAAAGCUAAAACGUGUCAAUUUUACAAAAGCUGCUUCUGGGGAAAACAUUCUUAACAAACUGGCUGGUGUAAAUAAGAUUUUUAACAUGACUGAGGGAACAGAGGCAUUUGUCCRAAAUAAUAUUUCCUUAAAUUUGGAAAGGAUGAUCAAGUUGAUUUCUGGGGAUUGGAGUCUAGAAGAUAACAGGCCUUAUUCACUCCUUCCACUCACAAUUCUUCUGAAUGCAAGUCUCAUGGGUAGUGGUUUAGAAGCAUUAACAAGUUUUAUUAAAAAUAGUGAAGCUAUUUACAACCUUGAAGAACUAUGGCUUGAUUUUAAACAAACCAUGAAAGACCUAACCCAUGACUUUAGUAUUAGGCACCUGUUCUCUAUAAUUAAAAAGGAAAUCCAAAGUAUUAACUCCAUGGCCCUUCAAAGCUUAGUUUUACAACUUUCCCACUUUCUGGAAAGCCUGGAUUCCUCAUCAUUGGGGAUAUUAGAAAUUAUUSAAGAUUUUCUGUUGGACACAAAAAACUGGCUUCAUGAAAUUGAAAAUAAAGAUUACUCCAAAUUGACACCAACAUUAUUUGUUCCUGUGACCAUCGAGAGUUCAACUGAUGAUAUAACUAAAGAUAUGACUAACUAUUUGCAUUAUCUGAAAAACAUUUCUGGAGAAGGUGAUUUUGACGUUGACUUUCUUACUCAUCUGCUAAAUCAAGACCAGCUAACCAAUUUCUCGGUUGUUCAGUUGCUUCUUGAAAGCAUUCUGAUUAAUUCCGUCAGUAACUUAGCUGGGAGGUCUCAAGAAGCGGCCCCAAAUUUAAGUGACGCUGACCUUCAAAUAAUGAAUUUAAUUAACCUCACCUUGAACCACAUGCCAUCGGACAGUAGUGGGAAAACCAUUCUCCCUUCAAGGAGCACAGUGGAUUUCAUAGAACAGUUUUUGAGAACAUUCUUUUCCCCUUUACUGAAGGGAAAUUCUGAGAACAAAAUAUCUCUUUUGCUAAAAGACUUCCACCAAGAUGCUAUUGCAGAGAUGAGUUUUUUUCCAAAAGAUAAAAUUCUAGAAGUUCUGAAAUUGGAUCAAUAUCUUACCUUGAAGAAUGAAGACAAAUUGAUGGAUUUUUUCUCAAGUUUAAAGGAGACUAUACAUCACUUAAUCAGAAGCUCAUUUAUAUUAGACAAUGGAGAACUUUAUUUUGAUAACCAUCAAGGACUGAAAUUCAUAAAAGAUUUGUUGCAUGMCUUUGUAAGGGAAACCUCAAUGAAAAAUAAGUCUGAAGAUGAUUUCCUUACAGUGGUGAGUCAGUUGCUUUUCCAUAUAAAUAGUACUGAGGAGCUCUUCAAACUUAACCAAAAUCUCGGGUCAGUUCUCCAUCUCAUGAGAGAAAGUUCCACAGAGAUAGCCAAUCUUAUGGAUACUCUUUUAAACUCUCUAAAUAAGGACUUCCAUACCUUAUGUCCUACUCUCCAAGAAGUUAUACUUUCUAACUUAACUGAUUUGCUUUCCUUUAUACUUAACUCAAAUCUUCUAAGAAACAGAGAAACAUUAGAAAUUACUAAGAGAUUACUUGGUAUUAUUUCUAGAGCUUCUGAAAACAGUCAUGUCCUAGAACCUCUCUUAGAAAUGUCUAGAACUCUGUCCAUGCUUUUGAGUGACAGUGCUGAGCUGAGAGAUCUUGCCAUAUCAGUGGACUCCACUGUGAAACUUCUCAAAGUAGCUAAGAAAGUUUCAGGGCAGAUGGCCAUGAUUUUYGACACUCAUUUCAUCUCUAGUACCAAGGACACCAUGAAAUUCUUUGACGCUCUCUAUUCCUUCAUGCACCAAAGUGUUCAACAUCUUGUGAAGAAAAUAACUACUUUGAAAAAAGUAGAUCAUUUUAUAUUUGAAAAGAUAAAUGAUUCAUUACUGCCAUUUCUUGACUUGGCCUUUGGGAUGAUUGGGGUCAAACCUAAUAUUUCACAAGACUCUGAUAUUUUCAGUAUGUCAUCUAUCAUACUGUCCUAUGUGAACCAAUCCAAGGACUUUUCUGGUAUUUUGGAAGAAAUGGCUGAAUUUUUAACUUCUACGAAAAUUGAUUUGGGGGCUUUGGAGCAUCUUAUGGUGGCAUUUAGAAAUGUGUCUCAAGUAUUUUCUAGGGAUUCUGUCAAUUUAUGGGAAGAAAUUCUGGAUUGCUUAGUUCCUAUAAAUAACAUUACCAGUCAAAUGGACUUUUUACAGCUUAAUCCAAAUUCUAGCCCUCAAGAUACUGAGCAGGAAAGGAUUCAUGAAGUGAUUCUWUUCUUGGAUAAAAUGUUAACAGAAAGCAGCACAGAAAUAGGAAUUUACUGGAAAAUGGCGGUUAAUUUUACUUUAGAAACUCUUUGGAGUAGCUUGAAGAAGGAUAACUGGGAUGUUUUAAAGCUGUUGCCGACAUUUGCUCAGCAUCCAGAUAACCUUUUGAAAACCAUAGAAAGAGUUGUACAGGCCUCCAGUGGAAUUGAAAGUGAGUAUGGAGAUUAUUUAAGUAAAAGUUUACCUUUCAAUAUGUCUUUGAUUGRGAAUAUAACCCAUCAUCAACUUGAGAAAGCAACCCAGUUUGUGCUAAGUAGAAUAGCUCUCUCCRGGAAAGGGCUCCUCCCCAACAACUCCCGGUGGGCAAAUUCCAUUAGAACUGUGUUUCAUCCAGUCUUGGAGAUUUUUCUUCAGGAAGCCAUUGGAAAGAAUGGCAUGUCGGCCCACGAAGACUGGCCCCAACAAGAUAGGAUGGAUUUUCCUUAUGGCUUCAAACCAUUAUCAUGUUUCAAGAAAUACCUGAGGAGAUUAUUUGUGUUGAUUGAAUACUGGCAAAAAGUCUCACUGACAGAUGAAAGAGUUGUUGAGAUGUGUCGAGUGUUGCAGCAGCUGGAGAAGCCCUCUGAAGCCAUUGAGAUGCUGCAGAAAGUGAAGAUGGUGGUUUUGCGUGUGCUCAUUAUCUUUGCAGAAAACCCUUCCUUGACUAAGGACAUUUUGUGUGCUACUGUGAGUUGCAAGCAAGGUGGGAUAAGGCAUCUCAUUUUAUCUGCUAUCCAAGGGGUCACUUUGGUGCACAACUACUAUCAGGAAAUUGAAAAGAUAUGGUCCUCACCUAAUCAGAUAAAUUGUGAAAGUCUUAGCAGAAAUCUUUCUAGCACCUUGGAAAGCUUCAGAAGUAACUUGGAAAAUGCCACGGACCAGGACUGCACAUGCCAGCCCCCACUAGAGACAGUUCAGCAGCACAUGAGCACGUUGGCCAAAAGCUUUGAGAAGACUUGGUUGUCUGGGAAUUCCAUUAUGACUUUUCUUAGCAAUUUUACAGUUACCGAGAAUGUAAAAGUAAAAGAUUUGAUGAAGAAYGUCACCCAGCUCACAAAAGAUCUUCGCUCUUCUAUCCACAUCUCAGAUGAGACCAUCCACAGUAUCUUAGAAGCAAAUAUUUCCCAUUCCAAGGUUCUCUCCAGUGCCCUUACCAUGGCUCUGUCUGGAAAGUGUGAUCAAGAGAUUCUUCGUCUCCUGCUGACAUUUCCUGAAGACGAAACAUCUUUGUUUGCAAUGAAGGAACUCUGUGGCCUUCCCGGGUCGAAAGUGUAUCCUCUGAUUGUGGUGAUGAGUCAGAACCUGAACCUGCGAACUUUCAUUUAUAAAACUCUUAUACCUUCUGAAGCAAAUGGCUUGCUCAACUCCCUGUUGGAUGUCAUUUCCAGCCUCAGUGCCCUACUUGCCAGAGCCCAGCAUGUCUCCAAAUACCUUCCUGAAUUUCUUCACACAUUUAAAAUUACUGCCUUGCUAGAUAUGCCGGACUUUGGACAGGUUUCCCAAAAUGACCAGGCUAGAAGUUCAGCCUUUGGUUCUUUGCAGAAUGUGAUGAAACUGGUUUGCAAGGACCAGGCAUCAUUCCUUAGCAAUUCUAACAUGUUCCUUAAUUUGCCCAGAGUUAACGAGCUCUUGGAGGAUGACAAGGAAAAAUUCAACAUUCCUGAGGAUUCAACACCAUUUUGCUUGAGCCUUUACCAACAAAUUCUCCAGUCUCCAAAUGGUGCAUUGGUGUGGUCUUUCCUAAAGCCUAUAUUACAUGGAAAAAUACUGUAUACACCCAGUACUUCAGAGAUUAAUAAGGUCAUUCAAAAGGCUAAUUAUACUUUUUAUUUUGUGGACAAUCUAAAAAUUUUAUCAGAAACACUGCUGAAGCUAUCAAGUCUUUUCCAGGGAAGUGGAAAUGGCCAGAUGUUCAGCCAACUGCAGGAAGCGCUGAAAAACAAAUUUAUAAGAAACUUUGUAGAAAGCCAAUUGCACAUUGAUGUGGACAAACUCACUGAAAACCUCCAGACAUAUGGAGGGAUGCUAGACAAGAUGUUUAACCAUGCAGGGGCUGGACRCUUCCGUUUCUUGGGCCAAAUCUUGGUGAAUCUCUCUUCUUGCGUGGUAUUGGAUCGAUUCCAGGCUGUGGAGUCAGCUGACAUCCUGGAAACUAAAGCCCAUGAACUCAUGAAGAAAAACAACUUCUUGGCCAGUGUCAUAUUCAACAGUUCCUUAGUCCGCAGGAGAAUCAGAUCGACAUCUCUCAAAUUGCCACCCCAUGUCACAUAUACAAUUCGGACCAGCGUCUUACACAGCAUGAGAACAGAUAUGAUAAAAAACCCUUCUUGGAAGUUCCAUCCUCAGAGUUUACCAGCUGAUGGGUUCAAAUAUAACUACAUCUUUGUCCCACUGCAAGACAUGAUUGAAAGAGCCAUCAUUGAAGUACAGACUGGCCAGGAAGCCCUGGAGCCGACCACUCAGACGCAGGCAGCCCCCUACCCAUGCCACACCAGUGACCUAUUCUUGAACAACGUCGGUUUCUUUUUCCCUCUGAUAAUGAUGUUGACUUGGAUGGUAUCSGUGGCCAGCAUGGUCCGAAAACUGGUUUAUGAGCGGGAGAUCCAGAUAGAAGAGUACCUGCGGAUGAUGGGAGUGCAUCCAACAACUCACUUCCUGGCUUGGUUCCUGGAGAAUGCAGCGGUGCUGACCUUGAGCAGUGCUGCUCUGGCCAUCAUUCUGAAAACAAGUGGCAUCUUCACCUACAGCAAUGCAUUCAUCAUCUUCCUCUUCCUCCUGGAUUUUGGGGUGUCAGUUGUUAUGCUGAGUUACUUCUUGAGUGCAUUUUUCAGCCAAGCUAAUACAGCAGCCCUGUGUACCAGCCUGGCGUACAUGAUCAGCUUUCUGCCCUACAUAGUUCUGUUGGUUCUGCACAACCAACUAAGUUUUGUUAUUCAGACAUUUCUGUGCCUCCUCUCAACAACUGCCUUUGGACAAGGAGUAUUUUUCAUUACAUUCCUGGAAGGACAAGAGGCAGGGAUCCAGUGGAAUAAUAUGUACCAGGCUCCAGAACCAGGGGGCAUGACAUUUGGCUGGGUUUGCUGGAUGAUUCUGUUUGAUUCAAGCCUUUAUUUUUUAUGUGGAUGGUACUUCAGCAACUUGAUUCCUGGAACUUUUGGUUUAAGGAAACCAUGGUAUUUCCCCUUCACUGCAUCAUAUUGGAAGAGUAUAUGUGGCUUGGUAGARAAACAGCGACGCUCUCUAAGUUCUAGUUUGUUCUUCUUCAAUGGGAACUUUGAUAAUCAAGGGACAAAUAGUCUGGUGAAAGCAGGAGGAGRACUGGCCACAGGUUGGAAAUCUAGAUCCAUGUUGACAGGGCUCUACCCUCCCACUUCUGGGGCCAUCAUCAUCAAUGGCAAGAAUCUGCAGACAGACUUGUCCAGGGUCAGGAUGGAGCURGGGGUGUGUCCGCAGCAGGACGUCCUAUUUGCCAAUCUCACCGUCCGGGAACAUCUCCUACUCUUUGCUUCCAUAAAGGCACCAGGGUGGACCCAGAAGGAGCUACAGCAGCAAGUCAACAAAACUCUCAAGGAUGUGGGGCUAGUUCAGCAUCAGCACAAACAAACCCAAACUCUCUCUGGAGGCCUGAAGAGGAAGCUCUCAAUUGGCAUUGCUUUCAUGGGCACAUCGAGGACAGUGGUUCUGGAUGAACCUACAAGUGGGGUGGACCCUUGCUCCCGGCGCAGCCUCUGGGACAUUCUGCUCAAGUACCGGGAAGGUCGCACGAUCAUCUUCACAACCCACCACCUGGAUGAAGCUGAGAUGCUCAGUGACCGUGUGGCCGUCCUGCAGCAGGGGCGGCUCAAGUGCUGUGGUCCUCCUUUCUGCCUGACAGAGUCCUACGGCCAGGGACUCAGCCUGACACUCACAAAGCAACCCUCUGUUCCUCAGGUCCAUGAUCCCGAGGACAUAGCUUGUGUUACAUCCCUGAUACAGCUCUAUGUACCACAAGCAUUUCUCAAAGACAGCAGUGAGAGUGAGCUGACCUUUGCCAUCCCAAAGGACGCAGGCAAGGCCUGCCUCGGGGAACUCUUCCAGACCCUGGAUCAGAACUUAGAGCAAUUGCACCUGAUGGGAUAUGGAAUCUCAGACACCACAUUGGAGGAGGUGUUUUUGAUGCUUUUGCAAGACUCCAGUAAGAAAUCUCAUAUUGCUCCAGGGACCCACUUACAGCCUCAGAACCAGAGACCCACUGGACCUUCUUCUGCGUAUUGUGACUCUCCUGUGAGGACCCCACCUGCAUGGACCCUGCAUGCACCUAUGCGAGGUCACCAGCUGCUUCUCGCACAGGUAGCUGCCCUCCUGAGGAAGAGGCUGCUCCACACACUGAGAGCCUGGAAAAGCACAGUCUCAGACCUGCUGCUGCCUGUCCUUUUUGUGGCCUUGGCCAUGGGCCUGUUCAUGGUGCAACCUCUGGCCACCGAAUACCCUCCCCUCAAACUGACACCUGGCCACUAUGAGAGUUUGGAAACUUACUUUUUCAGCAGUGGGAAUGACAAUAUGGACCUCACCCAUGUGCUCUUACGGAAGUUUAGAGAUCAGGAUCCUCUCUGUGCUGACUUAAACCUAGAUCUGAAGAAUUCUUCCUGCUGGUCUAGGGAUACCUUCCCUCACCUGAAGUUUCAGGAUUCAUGUGGCUGCCUGAAGUGUCCAAAUGGAAGUGCUGGGGCUCCUUACCUGACCAACUGCCUGGGCCACACCCUGCUCAAUCUCUCAGGCUUCAAUGUGGAGCAGUACUUGCUGAUGCCAUCUGAGAAUCCAAGACUUGGAGGCUGGUCUUUUGGAGUACAAGACCCCAGUGAAAUUCAAGAUGUGAAUGCAAACAAGUCGAGCCCAAGAACUCUGGCAAAGGUAUGGUAUAAUCAGAAGGGUUUUCACUCUCUACCCUCCUACUUAAAUCAUCUAAACAACAUUAUUUUGUGGCGACACUUACCCCCUGCUGUGGACUGGAGACAAUACGGAAUUACACUCUAUAGCCACCCAUAUGGAGGAUCCUUGCUGAAUGAAGACAAGAUCCUGGAGAGCAUCCGCCAGUGUGGUGUUGCCCUCUGCAUUGUGCUGGGAUUCUCUAUCCUGUCUGCAUCAAUUGGUAGCUCUGUGGUGAGGGACAGAGUGACUGGAGCCAAGAGGUUGCAGCACAUAAGUGGCCUUGGCUACAGGACUUACUGGUUCACUCACUUCCUGUAUGACAUGCUCUUUUACUUGGUUUCCGUCUGCCUGUGUGUCGCCAUUAUUAUGGCCUUCCAGUUAACAGCUUUCACUUUCCGUGAGAACUUGGCGGCCACAGCCCUCCUGCUGGCACUUUUCGGAUAUGCAACACUUCCAUGGAUGUAYCUGAUGUCCAGAAUCUUCUCCAGUUCAGAUGUGGCUUUCAUCUCCUACAUCUCAUUGAACUUUAUCUUUGGUCUGUGCACCAUGCUAAUGACCACCAUGCCCCGGAUCCUGGCCAUCAUCUCCAAAGCUCAGAAUUUACAGAAUAUCUAUGAUGUCCUCAAGUGGGUCUUCACUAUUUUCCCUCAAUUCUGCUUGGGUCAAGGACUGAUAGAACUCUGUUAUAACCAGAUCAAAUAUGACCUGACCCACAACUUYGGCAUUGAUUCCUAUGUGAGUCCCUUUGAGAUGGACUUCCUGGGCUGGAUCUUUGUGGUAUUGGCCUCUCAGGGCACAAUUCUUCUCCUCUUGAGGAUCCUACUGCACUGGGACCUUCUGCAGUGGUCAAGGGGUCAUUCUUCUCUCCAAGGCACAGUCAAGUCUUCCAAGGAUAUAGAUGUUGAAAAGGARCAAAUGAGGGUGCUUGAAGGAAGGACCAGUGGAGACAUCCUUGUGUUAAACAGCCUCAGUAAAAGUUAUGGAAGCUUUUUAAAGAAGACUAUGGCUGUGCAAGAUAUUAGUUUAGGCAUAUCAAGAGGAGAGUGCUUUGGACUCUUAGGAGUGAAUGGAGCUGGGAAGAGCACUACAUUCAAAGUUUUGAAUGGUGAAAUUCCUCCAAGUUCAGGACAUGCUGUUGUUAGGACUCCCAUGGGGGAGGAGGUGGAUCUGUCUUCUGCGGGCAAGGCAGGUGUUCUCAUUGGCUACUGUCCUCAGCAGGACGCCCUAGAUGAGCUCCUGACCGGUUGGGAACAUCUCCAUUAUUACUGCAGCCUACGGGGGAUUACAAAGCAGUGCAUCCCUGAGGUGGCUGGAGACCUUGUGAGGCGCCUGCACCUGGAAGCCCAUGUGGAGAAACCUGUGGCCACCUACAGUGGGGGAACCAAGCGGAAGCUCUCCACAGCCCUGGCCCUGGUGGGGAAACCUGACAUUCUUUUAUUGGAUGAGCCCAGCUCUGGAAUGGAUCCUUGCUCGAAAAGAUACCUGUGGCAAACGAUUGUGAAAGAGGCCCAGGAAGGCUGUGCUGUGGUGCUGACCUCCCACAGCAUGGAAGAGUGUGAAGCUCUUUGCACCAGACUGGCCAUCAUGGUUAACGGUAGCUUCCAGUGUCUCGGCUCCCCUCAGCACAUUAGGAAUAGGUUUGGUGAUGGAUACACUGUCAAAGUUUGGCUGUGUGAGGAAGCAAAUCAACCAAGCACUAUUUCUGAUUGCUUAAAGCUCCAUUUUCCAGGAAUUCAGUUUAAGGGACAGCGCCUUAAUUUAUUGGAGUAUCAUGUGCCAAAAAGAUGGGGAUGCUUGGCUGAUUUGUUCAAAGUUCUAGAGGACAAGAAGACCUUCUUGAACAUCAAGCAUUAUUCUAUUAAUCAGACCACUCUGGACCAGGUAUUUAUUAAUUUUGCUACUGAACAGCAACGGACUCCACACUCUACUCUUGAUCUAUCCACUGACUGUUACCGCCCGUAUCAUCUCUCUAUUUAA